UCGCUAUGCAGGCCAAAUGUAAGAAAAUAUAUGAAACAAAUCACUCUUCCAUCUAUUGUAUAGAAAAGACCAGAGAAUCAAAUAAAAUUCCAAUAAAAUUGGCUAUAAAAGUAGUUAAAAACAAGAAAAGCCAGGAAAUAAAAAUACUUAAAGAGCUAAACCAUGUAAAUAUAAUAGAAAUGCAUUCUACUAUACAUUCGAUAGGUAAAAGAUGGUUUGCAAUGGAGUACUAUAAAAUGAAUUUAAAGGAGAUAUUCCCAAUACAAUCAACAGAAUAUAAGUACUAUAUAAUAAAGUGUAUUGCAGAUGGCCUAUCAUAUCUCCAUAGCCAAGAAAUAAUCCAUAGGGACAUUAAACCACAAAACAUUUUAAUAUACAAGGAGAAUGUAAAAAUAACAGACUUUGGCACAGCUAAAUACAUAAAAGAAGAUAGAUUGUCAGAUAGCAGAAAGGGGAAUGAAAACAAUCCCACAACACUCCCCACAACAAAAGAAGUAGAAAUAUUUAAGAAUGAAGUAAAAGAAAUGAUUAUAAAACAGAUCGAGUAUGAUAAAUAUUAUAAUAUUCACGAAAAAAUCGAACUAAAUAAUGUCAAUUUGAGUAAAAGCGGCAUUGUUGGAACACUUCAUUAUGUUCCUUUGGAGGUUUUGAUAGGCAGCAGGGAUUAUGGCUGUGAGGUUGAUAUAUGGGCGGCGGGAUGCACAUUUUGGGAGAUUUUGUAUAAUGAAGUCUGCUUCAAUGGAGACUGCGAAAUGAACCAAAUAAUAGAAAUAGUCACUAAACUAGGUGUAACAAAAAAAGACAAAGAAAUGUUAAGCAAGUACCCAUUUGGCGGAUUUAUUCCGAUUAAAAAGGAAGAAAAGAGCAAUUUAUUUGAAAAUAUACCGGGGUGUGGCAAGAAUCUCUUUAAAACCUUGUUAACUCUUAAUGCCAGUAAUAGAAAACUCAAUAAUGAAGGUAUUAAAAAUAUUCAAUCUAAAGACUAUAGCAACAUAGACUAUAUAUAGUCUAAUCCAUCUCUAUUUAUGUACAGAGAAAUCCUUUCUACAUUAUUUCUUUUUUGAAGAAUUAUUUUCAUCUUGGUUGCUUGGUGUGUUGUUAUUGGCAGUUGGUGCAGCAGAAGGUGCAGGGGUGGCGGUUGUAUCAGAAAUAACUGCAGAAAUAGAAAACACAACCAUAACAAAAAUACUUAUAAAUAGAAAGUGCUCUAUAUUGAAUCUCAUGUAUAUACUCCGCAAAGGAUACUUUUUAAUGCUUGUAUUAACCAAUCUAAUUGUAAAUAUAUCAACCAAUGAAUUUAUGCACCAACCAAUCAGCAUCUGAAUAUUCUAAGAUAGACAAGUAUUGUA